UGAUCAAACAAUAUGUGUUUUGCCUAGCUCAAUAUAAGAAUUAAUUUAAUAUUAAUUCCGAUUUAAUGCGCAUAGCUGCCGCUAGCGUAUUGCCGCCGCCGCCGCCGCCGUCGCCUAAACAAAUGGUCCUCCGGGCCGGAUCUCGAUAAGACCAGCCAAGAACGAAAUAGCACCAUGGAAGCCAGGUUGCAAAAGCAAGUAAGAGCCAAGAAAGCAAUGUUAACUAGAAGUUUAACAGAACUAGACGCUCUGAUCAUAGAAGAAAAGAGCAGGGAAGAAGUAAAAGUCUACUUAGACAGCGUGAAGCAAAAGAAAGCCACACUGACAGAGAGCUAUGAAAAGCUCUUAGCGGAGGUGAGUGAAGAGACACUGGAGACGGAGCUCGAAUCGUGGGCUCAGUUAGAGGCACUGGAGAGGUCCAGUUUAGGGCGGGCUCAAAACUAUCUGAAAAGUUCGCAGCCUUCUGUUGUCCUUCCCAAUCUCGAGCCCGUUAAGAUGCUACCUUUUGAUGGAGAUCCUUGCGCAUACCCUGAAUUUAUCGCCGCAUUUAAAGUCUUGGUAGCCAAUAACCCGAACAUGUCGGCAAUGGAGAAGAUGCUCCGUCUAAAAGACAAGCUCCGUGGCGCUGCUCUAAACGCCAUCGGUGGUCUGGCCUUCUCCGAGGCAGACUAUGUCUCGGCCCUCUUGAUUUUGGAGCGGCGCUUCGGCGGCAGAGAUCGCCUGAUCCAAGACAGCCUCAAGCGCCUCCGAGCACUGCAAGGCCUGUCCAGCAGUGGAUCGGCACACGGCCUUAGAGAGUUUGCAGAUGCGGUUACAUCAUCCUUGAACAAAUUACGCAACAUCGGGGAUACAAGCAACAUUUAUUCCGAUACCCUUCUCAGAGAAGUAGUGGCUAAGCUGUCUUCCAAAGACCGAGAUGCAUUCUUCGAGAUGUGUGUCUCCUCCGAACAGGCCUGUAAUCUGGUGACACUGGAGCCGUGGUUGCAGCGCCGGGCCGAAGCCAGUCUGCUAAGCGAGACUUACAGGAAGUCACAGCCGACAGCCGACAGCCGACGGAGUGAUGAAGCGGUCGGACGAACCAAUCAGAGCCCUCGGAAACGCACGUUCGCCGUCAAAAUAAGCGCUAGUUGCAGCAUAUGCAAGAAUGGAGAUCUCCACAAUUACAGCAAACUAAGUGAGCUGCUGCCACUCAUGUCAGAGUCUGGUGUCAUGACCAUGGGAGGAAGAUUGCAGAAGGCGGACCGGCCUGUCCUAGCAGAGAUCGAAAGCCUUCUGAACUCGCCUCCGCUUACGUAUCCGAGCUCCGAUCCGAGGGUCGACAGUUCCCUGGCACCAAAUCACCUUCUGGUCGGUCAAAUAGACAGUGCCUUGGCUUCUCAGCUACAGGAAAAGAAGCUGCUUUUCCAAGACGGAGAUGGCGCCACACUCAGAGAGUUUUCAGCAAGACAUGGAAGAGAUUUCUGCGAGAGAUGCUCCUCCAAUCUCAACAUACUGCACAAGCGGUACGACGUAAGGCCAGAUUUCAAAGAUGGUAACGUGGUGCUGGUGCUGGACACCACGAGCCCCGCGGACACUUACCUCGGGCACGGGUGGAGAGGACCCAUCCCGGCCGCGAUGGACAUGUGCGGACUGUGGAGGUCAGAAUCGUUACCGCACUUACGCCCGCCUCAUCAUGCGCCUCUGCCCCCUACGGCGGAGUAAUGACUAGUGUGUGAUCUUAGAGUGUGAUGUGAAGGUGACUGUGACUGUGUGAUAGCUAGGUGGAGCAUACGUUGCUCCACGGGGAGGGAGGAUGUUCGGCCGAUUGCUAAAAUCGGUACCUCCGAGAGUGAGGUCUCAUUAUGAUGUCAUUCACGAGAAUGUUUAAAUAAAGAAAUAGCGGCUGGGUCUUGGCCCAGUUUUGCUGGCGGAACUGAUCAAACAA